AUGUCUGAAAAUUUCAACCAACAUCAAUUUGCUGGAGCAAUCGAGCAAGCGACAAUUCAUGGACAAUUCGAUUCCAAUAAUUGGAAGUGAGUUUGAUUUUUGGGCAGAUGAUUUUAGGCCCGAAAAAUUCCUCAUUUUCGACGCACAGUUUUUUCAUCACACAAAAAUCGUGUCGAGUCAUUUUUCAAAAAAUCAAUAAUUUCUUAUAUCAAAAACUGUGGAGAAUUCACGUAGUUUUUUUCACGUCAUAACACAGAUUCAGAUUUUAUUUUGAUCUACUUUCAAAGCGUUUAUGUUUCUUCACAAUGAACUUUUGCUGAUUGUAAAGCUACAAAACGAUAAAGCUCAAAUCCCUCUCACUGAAAAUACAGAAUGAAAUAAGUACCGAUGCUUCAACUCCAUUCAAUCUAGUCUAUUCACAAGUUCCCUUUUUUGUUUUCAUGAAAAGUUCCCCCUUCCCCUUUAUAGAACCAAAACAGGAGCAUAACAUCUUGCCGAUUUCAAUAGAAUAGUUAUUUUUCGUAAAACAUACCAUGUGUUAGGUUAGAACAGAGAAGAAAAAAUAAGGCAACAUAACAUUUUUGGGAUACAUACAGAUGUUUCGUUUUUCUUGAUUCAUUUUGUUUUUUGUAUGGAGAGCGAGCACCCGUUUCUCUCUAUUUAGAUCAGAAGAAACAUUUUUUGAUUUUUUCCUGAAGUUUUUUGUACUCUAGAUUAUGAUUUCCUACUUACUUACUUUGAUGAAUUCCCCGAUUUUUUCAGAUCAACAUCUGCUCCAAUAGAAAUGGACCAAAGUAGACCAGAUACAACUUACAAUGCUAUCUCGAGUUAUUCAAGGGAGACUUUGGAAAAUGGAAAACUUAUUCUAUCAGGUUCUGGCGAUUCAACUGGCUUAGCUGUCCAAGUUGGGCCUCAAGAAAGGACUAGCGGGAGAGGAAUUUCGACCAAGCUAUGCUUGGAGAGCAUAGAUCCGAGUUAUAAAGAUUACAUGGGAAGAUAUCCGGUCAAAAAAGUGAGGCAAUAUGUGAGUUUUUGAGGGAAUUUUAUGGGAAAUUGUUGAAUAUAAAGUAUAAAUACAGAUUGAUCAAGAAUUGUGGAGUCUGAGCAAAAAAAAGUUAUGCUCGUUAGAAAGAGCAUGCUCUAAUUAGUACAGACCUUGAAGUUUUUUCCUGAAAGAUUCUAAAACAUUAGUUAGAAAAAUUUCAAAACAGUUUAAAAGCUUGAAAGUCUAGAUGUACGGUAGUUUAAAGCUGUGAAUUCCAAAAAUUUGCCAAUGGUUUUUUAACCAGGAGACAAACGUUUAGAGCUCAAUGAGAUAUCUUUCAGGCACGCGCAUCUGCCGUAAAGCCUCAAAGAAAUGUUCCCCCCAAAAAAGUGCUCCCUCCAAUGAACAAUGUUUUCCAAGGUAUUCCAAAUCCACCCAAUCUUCCGGUGAGUUUGAAAUUUCUAGACCUACACGCCUGAUAUCCUAUUUUUAUUUUUACAGAAAUCGCGAUCUCAACAAAACCAUUUGAAAAACAAUCUAACUAAUUUUUCGAUUCGUCAAGCAGCGGUCUCUCCAAUGAACAAGGUUUCCCAAGGUAUUCCAAAUCCACCCAAUCUUCCGGUGAGUUUGAAAUUUCUAGACCUACACGCCUGAUAUCCUAUUUUUAUUUUUACAGAAAUCACAAUCUCAACUUCUGAGAAACAACCUCUCCAAUUUUUCGGCUCGUCAACCAGCGCUUCCUCCAAUAAACAGUGUUUUCAAGGGUAUUCCAAAUUCACCCAAUGUUCCGGUGAGUUUAGAACUUCUAGACCUACACGCUUGAUAUCAUCACUCAUUUUACAGAAACCGCAAUCUCAACUAUCGAAAAACAACCUCACCAAUGUUUCGGUUCCUCAAGCAGCGCUUCCUCCAAUAAACAGUGUUUUCAAGGGUAUUCCAAAUCCACCCAAUCUUCCGGUAAGUUUAAAAUUUCUAGACCUAUAUGCUUGAUAUCAUCACUCAUUUUACAGAAAUCGCAAUCGCAUCAACAACAUUUGAAAAUGAACCUCACCAAUUGUUCGAUUCGUCAAGCAGGUUAUCCUCAAGGUUUGGAUGUUUCAACAUCGCGUGCAACCGAGCCACCAGUUCCAAGAGAUCUCCCAACUAAGCUUAUGGUUGGAAAUGCGAUGGAAGAUCUCCAACAAAGUGUCGAAGCAACCACCAUAUCAACACCGCCAGUUUGGAACCCAAAAAUGAGAACUCCUCGAAGCACGCCAAAAAUAGUUCAACGGGUUCCAGUUCAAUAUUCUAGAAAGCGUGCCCGUCCAAACUCUGCACCAACAAUUCCUUCAAAUGCUGCGUACCUUCAAACUGUUUCUUCACUUCCCAAUGAUCCAAAUCCGAUCGAGCCGAUUCAGACAAUUCAAAUAAUGCCGAGCAAUACGCAAGAGUCAACUAAUGCAAGAAAAGAACCACAAGAGGAUGAAGAAAUGGAACAAGAGCCUAUGGAGCCCUUUAAUUAUUUUCCACAAUUGGGAGAAAGUAUGGAUUUUCUGUUGGGAUUGCCGGUGUGUGAGGAAACACUUCAGGUUUAUUUGCCACGACUUUAA